GUAUGAUGCCAGGGUAUUUAAUGUGAUGUCACGGUGUUUGGUGCGUUGUCAUAUUGUUUGGUGUGAUAUCCAGGGUGGCAAUGAUGGCUGAUGGAGUUUUAACAUAAAAGUUGUCGGUAUGAUGUCAGUUUUUGGUGUGACGUCUGCCGAUAUUCAAGGUGCCAGGGGUAGCUAUCAGAGGUAUUUAAGUAAGGUGAGGGUAUGAUAUCACAAUGGAAUGAUAGUAUUCAAGUAUCAUGUAACGGGAGCAUCAAAUAAUAAAGCAAACCUAUUUGAUAAAAUACAUUUUAUUUGAGCUAUUUGUAAAACGUAAAGGCAUGUUGUCAGUGUCUUAAACCGCCUUCAGUUUCAUUCUGUAGAAAACAUGUUUCCCAAAUCCAAACAUUGUUGGCAAAUGAAUAAUUCACAUAUAUAUAUCUGUCAGGGUCUUUUGACAUCUCUCUGUUGUUCCUGCGUUACUCUAUUCCUAACUGGACCCUGACUCUGUACGGUAUAUACACUGGCCUAAAGAACGCUCUGCAGAUGCUAGGGUUGCUGGUUAUCCUUCCUGUGUUCAAGAGGUUCCUGGCUCUAGAAGACACCAGUCUGGUCAUCAUUGGUCAGGUGAGCUCUGUCUUAGGACAGGUGCUCCUCGCUUUCAGCAACACAGUGUGGAUGGUGAUGUUAGUGCCCUUUGCUGGUAUGUUGUCUGGCCUCAGCAGUGCUGCCCUCAGGAGUAUUGUGGCCAAGAUGGUGGGUCCCGAUGAGCAGGGGAAAGCGUUUGCGUUCCUUGGCUGUGCACAGGCUCUUAGCAUUCUCAUGGCUAGCCUAAUCUUUAACAACCUGUACCCGGCCACCCUCCACUUCCUCCCCGGCUUGUCCUAUCUCGUCUGUGCACUCCUUACGGUGGCUGUUAUGGCGCUCACUAUUGUUAUGCGGUGUUACAUGCCAGUAGAAGAGACCACAAACACCCAAGACGAUCAAACAUUGGAUAACACUGGUGAUGGGCAUCGAAGAAACGGAGCAAUACAUGGCGUAGUUUGUCACAGGGAGAUGGCGGACGGACAGGUGGGAGGCAGACAGACGGGAAGACUAGAAGAGAGGCAGACGGACAAAAAGACCCUUUUAUAA